GGUUCCUGCGGCGCGGACGACCGGCGCGGGAAAGAAAGGUUCUGAAGAUGGCCUAGCAAUAAAGGCACCAUCCAAGGAUUGUGAACACCCUCACCCGUGGGUGCAAGCCCGGGCCGGUGGCUUCGUGUUGAGCUAGAGGAACACCGCGUCUACCGCCUUCCCGACAACCUCUCCCUCUCCUAAUUCAUGAGCCAGCAAGAUGCGGUCGCUGUGCUGUCAGAACGCCUUCUCAUAGCUGCAUACAAAGGCCAAGCAGAGAAUGUGGUUCAGCUCAUCAACAAGGGGGCCAAGGUAGCAGUUACCAAGCAUGGCCGGACCCCUCUGCACCUUGCUGCCAAUAAGGGCCAUCUCUCUGUGGUCCAGAUCUUGCUGAAGGCUGGCUGUGACCUCGAUGUCCAGGAUGAUGGGGACCAGACCGCCUUGCACCGGGCCACAGUGGUGGGGAACACGGAGAUCAUCGCGGCGCUCAUCCAGGAGGGCUGUGCCCUGGACAGGCAGGACAAGGACGGGAACACGGCCCUGCACGAAGCGUCCUGGCAUGGUUUCAGCCAGUCUGCCAAGCUGCUCAUUCAAGCAGGAGCCAACGUACUGGCCAAGAACAAGGCGGGGAACACGGCGCUGCACCUGGCCUGCCAGAACUGCCACUGCCAGAGCACACGCGUCCUCCUGCUGGGCGGCUCCCGCGCCGACCUCAAGAACAACGCAGGCGACACCUGUUUGCACGUUGCGGCGCGCUACAAUCACUUGUCCAUCAUUCGGCUCCUCCUCAGUGCUUUCUGCUCUGUCCAUGAAAAGAACCAGGCUGGAGACACAGCGCUUCACAUUGCUGCAGCCCUGAAUCACAAGAAGGUGGUUAAAAUCUUACUGGAAGCUGGAGCAGAUGGGACCAUUGUUAACAACGCAGGCCAGACUCCGCUGGAGACUGCCCGCUACCACAAUAAUCCGGAAGUUGCUCUUCUCCUCACUAAGGCUCCCCAGGUCUUGCGCUUCAGUCGUGGGCGAAGCCUGCGGAAAAAGAGAGAAAGGCUCAAGGAAGAGAGGAGAGCCCAGUCUGUGCCAAGAGACGAGGUGGCACAAAGCAAGGGAAGUGUCUCUGUUGGAGACACCCCCAGCAGCGAUCAGGCUGCGCUGAAACAAGAGGAACCCAGAGAAGAUGUCCUGUCUGCCUCCCCGGAACCCAGGGCCAAGGACAACAACCAGAGGAGAAAGUCUAGGCCCAAGGUGUCUGCGUACUCUGACCCCACCCCACCGGCAGACCAGCAGCCUGGACACCAGAAGAGCUCACAUGCUCAUGCUCAUAAUCACGCUAAGAAGAGGAGCCGGCACCGCUGUUCCUCCCCGCCCCCGCCCCAUGAGUUCAGAGCAUACCAGCUGUACACGCUGUACCGGGGCAAGGAUGGGAAAGUGAUGCAGGCACCACUCAAUGGUUGUCGGUGUGAACCUCUGAUCAACAAGCUGGAGAAUCAGCUGGAAGCCACCGUGGAGGAGAUCAAGGCAGAGCUGGGAUCGGUGCAGGAUAAAAUGAACACGAAGCUGGGGCACAUGGAGAGCAAGACCCAGCACCAGAUGCGCGUUUUGGACAAGCUCAUGCUUGAGCGACUCUCGGCAGAGAGAACGGAGUGCCUGAACCGCCUGCAGCAGCACGUGGACACAGAGAAGCACGAGGGAGAGAAGCGACAGAUCUCCUUAGUGGAUGAAUUGAAAACCUGGUGCAUGUUAAAGAUUCAGAAUCUGGAGCUGAAGCUUUCUGGAGAUUCCAGAGCCUGCAGGGCUAAGUCCACACCAUCGACUUGCGAGUCCUCCACAGGUGUGGAGCCAUCAGUGGUGACAGCGGGUCCAGUAGCGGCUUCUGACACUUCCUCUCAGGUAGUUAGGCCCAAGGAAAAGGCCCUGCACUCUGGUGCCACCCACAGACUGCAGCAGGAGCCGUCUUCCUCUGACUGUACAGGCGCCCGUCUGAGGAACGUCAAAGUUCAGGCAGCCUUGCUGCCCUUGAACGAAGCAGCCAAAGGUGACCAGCAGGCCGGGCCCUGUGUCAAUAGAGGCACCCAAACCAAGAAGUCUGGAAAAAGCGGGCAGGCGAGGCAUCGGGCCCAGCAGCCAGCAGCAGGUGGCGAGCAGCCCACCCCUCACACCCGAGACACCUCCCAGGCCCUGGAGCUCACCCAGUACUUUUUUGAGGCCGUUUCUACCCAGAUGGAGAAGUGGUAUGAAAGGAAGAUAGAGGAAGCACGGAGCCAGGCCAAUCAGAAAGCCCAGCAAGACAAGGCCACGCUGAAGGAACACAUCAAAAGCCUGGAGGAAGAACUUUCCAAACUCAGGACUAAGGUACAGAAGGAAAAUUAGGGCCCGGAAAGUGGAGCGAGUUCCAGUUUUGCAACUGCAGAGUCGCUGUGCUUAAGGAGUCAAUGACUGUACACGCAGCAGACUUGCCUAUCAAAAAGCCACUAGUGUCUCAGAUGGGCCAGACAACAUGCUUCCCAUGCCUUGAAGUUAUGAAGACUUCGACAGUUCAGCUGAAACCAGGGGAAGCUUGCUUAGGGUCAGGUUUCAUUACGAACCUGAAACCUCAUUCCAGGUUCACCUGAAGUCCAGAAGCUCAGAUUAAGCAAGCCACGCUAAGAAACUGAAUGAUGUCUAAGCCUAAACCCCAAACUUCCGGAUAUAUGAAAUAAUGCAAGGGAAAAGCAAGAAAAACACUAAUCCCCUGUGAACUGAAGUUGUCAUUCAUGUAAAUUUAAACAUACCUGCUGUGCCUAGAUGAGAGUAUUGUUCUGGGAGGGAGCUGUAACCCUGAGAUGUGCUAAGCUAAUCUCUUGUUCUCAAAUCCAUAAUUUUUAGACUUUUGACAUUUUAGCCAGGUAGAAAUUUAUCAGACAUAUUUUGAGGGGAAAAAGAUUUUCACAAUGUCAUAAGACCCAGUAUACCUUAAGAUAAAUUUUUUUGAAAAAAAAAAUGAGUGAUUGGAUAAGCACUAAAAAUGUUAAUAAUGAGCUCACGUGAGAACAGUUUCUGUAUUUUUCAACCAAAAAAAUCCUUAAGCAUAGUGAUUUUAAAACACAUGAACAGAAAAACAGAAAAAGCAUUCGCGUAGCCAUGACCUGAAACUUCUAUAACCUACCCAUAAUCAAGCUGUUAUCUUAAAGGAGCUUUCUGAUUUUCAGAUUAUGAAUCUAUAUUUUAUAAAGCAGUAAGGCUAUUUCCUCAAAGUGUUUCAUUCUAAAUUACCA